GUCUCAGACUGCAGUUACACCUCUUGGAAAUAAAGCGGUUAUUUCUUCUGAAAGUGAAACCAUUCGCACGAGCAACCGGCAGGUAAGUACGAACCGAGGACUUGACGAGUUAGAUGUGACCAGAUUUAGACGUAACUCAUUUAUAUUUUUCGAUAAACGACCAAAGUUUUACUGAACCAGUGAAGACGAAUCGUUUCGCUUUUUGGACGUUAGCGGCUGAAAGGCGAAACAACAACGUUACACGAAUUUACGGGAAACAGUCGAUCGUUUCCUGCUUGAGGACCGAAGCUCCAUGUAGAUUCAUGAAGGGGGGCAUGAAAGGUUUUAAAGCACUGACCCGAGGAAGGCUUUGAGCAGGGCAGCGGGCCUGUGCUGGUGGGGGGGGGUCUGAGAUGGAUAGACUGAAGCUGUCCCACAUAGACGAGGAGCUGGACUCCUCUGAGGUUGCAGCGCUGCGCUUCUUGUGUCUCGGCAUUGUCAACAGGAAACGCAUGGAGGGGAUCAAGGAUGCAAAACAGCUGUUCUUGAGACUAGAAGAGAACGGCCUGCUGGAUAACGGCGUCUUCCUCGCUGAGCUGCUCCACACUAUCCGUCGUGCAGAUCUCCUCAGCCUCCUGGAGGCAGACAGCAGGCGACCAGAGGAAACGGAUGCGAGACCCACCUUGUCACCGUAUAGGGUGAUGCUGUACGGAAUAUAUGAGGACAUGACUACGGAGAAUUUUGAGAAGAUGAAGUUUCUUUUGAGCAGCAAAUUGGGCAGAAGACAAAUCGAGGCCAGCAAUACAGCACUGGAUUUGUUUGUUGAAAUGGAAAAGGCUGAUUUACUGUCACCUACAAAGCUUAAUGACAUGCAUGCAGUACUGAAGGAGUUUGAUCAACAACUGGCACUGACUGUAAAGCGCUACAUGGACGAGGUACGCCAACAGAAUCCAACUAGAGUUCCUCCUCCUCCUCAUAGGGUCAACAACGGCUCUCAGCAAACACCAUCCACCCUGUCGAUAUCUGAGACUCAGCCCAAUAUUGAAGGAGAGAGGAUUUACUCUGAUGCACAACCAAACAGACAGCCCUCCUCUGUUGCCAAUGAGGCGGAGUACUACGAUCUGAAUCAUAACCCCCGUGGUUUGUGUGUGGUCAUCAACAAUGAGAAAUUUUUGGGAGAGGAGUUGAAAGAUCGAGGGGGAACUCAGGAGGAUGCGAUGGUGGUUCACAACAACCUGACUGCUAGCCGCAUACGGAGUGAACUGAGAGAGCUGAGCAAAAAUGAUUUUUUGGCUCAUGAUGCCUUGGUGAUAUGUGUGCUCUCCCAUGGAGAAAAGGGAUGUGUCUUUGGGACCGAUGAGAAGAAAGUGGGACUGCGAGAACUGACGUUGCCCUUCACGAGUAAGAAUGCCCCCACCUUGGCCAGGAAGCCCAAACUGUUCUUCAUCCAGGCGUGCCAGGGGGAUGGCUACCAGGAAGGAUCCGUGCCGUGUCCCCCGAGGCCAGGAGAGGAGGAGGUCAGACACUCCCGUCUGCAGGAAGACGCGGGUCCCGUCCGCGGCGAGACGGUGGCUUGGGACGCUGACUUCCUGAUGGGCAUGGCCACCGUGCCAGAGUGCAAGUCAUUUCGAAACACUUCCACGGGCUCCAUCUACAUCCAGGAGCUGUGCAGACAGCUGAUCAGAUCAGCAGAUAGCGUGGAGAUGGACGACAUCCUCUCUGUCCUGACGCGUGUGAACCGUGAGGUCGGCAAAGGAGAGUAUCUGACACACAAGCAGAUGCCGGAGCCCAAGUACACACUGACCAAGAAGCUGGUCCUCAAAUAUGUGUGAGCCGCCCCGAACAAAGUGCUACGCUGGAAAUGUGCCAUAUUUUCUCGUGUGUGUGUGAGUGUGUGUGAGUGUGAGAGAUGUCUUCGUAGGGUACUGAUGGAUAGAUGAAUAGAAAGUGUCUGUGUCUUUGUAAUUUUCCUGAGAAGCUGACAAACUCAAUUUUAGUCAGUCCUGUGUCAUUUAUGAAAUAUAAACAAAAAGACAACAUAUAAAACUUUUUUUUUUCUUUCUUUCUCUCUCAUGGUGUGCUAUUAUUACAGACCACAAACCCACAGCUGUAGAAGAACGUGUGAACUCACAGUUUAAACUAAAUAAAUUUAUAGUGCACAUAAAAAAUGAAGAUUAUUCUUCCUUUAAAAUGAGUUUUACUUGUUUUGGUGGAUGGUGGAGACAGAAAUUAGUUACAAACAAAAUGUAAAAACACAGUAAAGUAAAGUGAGUAAAGACAGACACAUCAGUAAAAUGUACUAGGCAGACAAAUUGUAACGUUUACAUACAAACUAUUUUAAUAUUAAAGUCGGGGUGGAAAUUAUCAAAGUACAUUAAGUUGAGUAUCUGUACUUGAGUUUGUUUUUGUUUUUAAACUUGUGACUUUUUCUCCACUGCACAUAAAGACAAGUAUUCUACUUUAGACUCCACUACAUUUUCUAUGAAGUACUUGUUCCUCUGAAGCAGAGUUUUAAGUCAAAGGAAUUAAUUUUAUUUUAUUUUAAAAAUGUGAUAGACCAUACACUGUGGUCAUCGCAGGAGAAAAAACAAUCGCAGCUGACUCCUCUGUUAUGUUGUGCAGCUGCAUUUUUUGAACAGCUCAGUUUAAACUUGGCAGUGUCCCAACGAUGGCUGCUUUAGAUGAGGCAGAAGUUUCUUCACCAGAGCAACUUGGUUUUAUCUCAAGUCCAUGUUUGAAGUUUUAGAAAUAAAGAAAGAUUCCUUUUGAAUGUUUACCACAACCAAACUUCAUCACUGCCUUUGAAAAAAGAAAUACGAAAACAAUAAUAGCUCCUUUUGUUGAUUCAAAUGCUGUUUCAUGUUCUUUUCAGUUGUCUUUGUAUCAUAUCCAUAUAAGCUUUUUAUUCUACAGUACUUUAACUCCAGUAAAAACUUGACAGAUCAACCUUCA